AUGCAUCGCGUUGCUAACUACACCGUACACGUCUGUGGACCCGAGGACCCAAAGCUGAAGCAGUUCAUCAAGAAACAUGGAGAACUGAGGGCGGCGUUGGCAAUGCCAUCAAGGAACGCACAUAUUCCUCACCAUAGCAAAGCCAGCGAGUCGCUGGAGGAUUUCUUUGAAGAUACUAUGGCGUCGGCUUCGGGAAUCAUCCCUCAGCCCAUUCUGGAUAAAAUCGAAGAGCUCAGCAAGCAGUGGGACAUCGAUGAGAUCACUAACGCGGCAGGAACAGUGUUGAAAAAAGCGUGGGAUGUCUACAACGCACUGGCAGGAACAUAUAACACAAUUGUGCGGCACGACAAACUCGCCAAACUUCUGAUCCGCAAGGUCGCCUGGCACCCUCAACAACCUCUGCUCGCGAUUGCUCUCUGGAACGACUCUGUCUGGGUCUAUGAUCUGUCGGUCGAAUCGUGGUACUCUUGUGGACUAUCACACCCGGCACAGUCGAAAAUCUCAAGUCUGGAGUGGAAGCCUAUGUCUGGUGUUGUAUUGGCGAUCGGGUGUCGGGACGGUGUGGCGCUUUGGAACGUCUACCGGGAUCACUCUCGUGCAGAAACCGGCUCUGGACGGACGGAAUUUAAUCCUGCCAAGGAUCGACCCUCUGAGUUGUUAAGCCAGACGUUCAAUUCCAAAACGGCUGCGGAUAACCAUGGCAGAGAUACCGCCUGGGUCGGGAUUAACCGCUUUAAGGAGCUGCGGGGUGUCGAUCAAAUGGCUUGGGACCCCCGAGGAGAACUGUUGGCGAUUGGAUCUGCACACUCGUCAACUGUCUACAUCCGUGAGACCGCCACGAAGAGGGUCACAGAGUUGAGGUUGAACUUGCGGUUUACCCCACCAAAGUUUAUCCGGAGUGUGGAAUCGUUCAUGGAGACCAUGUCGAACAUCAAGGACGCGCUCCAGUCAGUGACCUCGCCCAAUCUGAACAAGGUUCCAAAGCCAAUACACGAGGAGGGCCAUUUCGGACCAACCGUUUGUUGCAUGAGUUGGUCCCCCAGCGGUGAAUACUUGCUCGUAGCACAUCAGUCGGAGGUUGUACGGAUCUACACCGUGGCGACGUGGAACUAUAUCCAGAUCAAGGAUUUGAAGGGCGCGAUCCAGUCUGCCUGCUGGACACCCGACAGCCACAACGUCUUGUUUGCCCUGCAGGGUGACGAUCUCAUUCGGGCAAUCCAUUUGGAAAAGCGUGGUGGCGAGUUGAACUGGAUCCCUCUCAAUCACGCCAGGUUGUCGUUGGAGUACACCGAUGUCUCGCCCAAGCAGGACAAGGAAAGCACACUUUUGGGCCGGUUUGGUGGACGGUCGUUGUCCGAGAUGUCUGAAUUUGGUCCUAUUGAGGAGCUGGCGCUGGAUCCUAAUGGCGAGCGAUUGAUUGUUCGGUUCAGGGAUACAGACUUGUUGGGCGUGGUACUGGUUCGGCCUACGGGAGCUAUGUUGACGGACUUGGAUAUCUUCCUGUUGACAGGAUUUAUUCAAGGACCUGGCUGGAACGAUGAUGGAGACGACGAAGAUGAAGGCUCGCGCGGUCGCGAGCCCAAGGCCAGCGCCAUGUCGUUUGCAAACAACUACCGCGGAGGAUCUCUUCUCACCGUCGACGCGUAA